GACCGUCGGCGCUCCCAUUUUUCUCCUCCUCAUCCUCACACGUCUCCUCUCAAGUCUCAAUUCCCGACUCCUCUACCGCAUCUUCACCCGAAACCCCAACCCCUAUUGCCGGCAGCAGCAGCACUUCUGUUGAUCGCGUCUCUGCUGACGCAUCUCCGCCCGUAACCGGAACCGCCAUCGCGUCUGAUGCGGUCAGCAACAGCACCGCGGACCCGCUUCGGCCAGAUGUCACCGCCGCUGCGGGCGCUGGUGACGCGGAGGCUGGCGUGCCCCAACCAGAUCACGGCAUGCCCUCUGCCGCCACUGAAGCGAUAGCGAGUGGAUCGGCUGGCAACGGUGAUACAGCCGCGGGAGUCUCGAGCGAGCGAGAUGAGGAGGGGCAAGGCGGCGCCGGCGCCGUUGAGGAGCCGGUGGAGCUGCCGUCGUGGGAGCUGUGCAAGGUGGGGAAGGGGGUGGAGGCCGCGGACUACAUCCCCUGCCUCGACAACGUGAAGGCGAUCAACGCACUCAUGUCGCGGCGGCACAUGGAGCACCGGGAGAGGCACUGCCCGACGGAGCCGAGACCGAGGUGCCUCGUGCCUCUGCCCGAGAGAUACCGGCGUCCGGUGCCCUGGCCGCGCAGCCGUGACAUGGUGAGGACGCCCGCUUGCUUGCUUCGAUUUGGUAUAACAAUGUUCCUCACCCAAAGUUAGUGGAAUACAAGAAGGACCAGAACUGGGUCCGGAAGUCUGGUAACUAUUUUGUUUUCCCUGGAGGUGGGACUCAAUUCAAAAAUGGCGUGACCGCAUACAUUCGAUUCAUUGAACAGGUAGCUUAUACUUAUGCUC